CGGAGGCCCGGAGCCGUGGCCAAGGCAGUAUCUCGGAGCCAAUCAUCUCUGAGGACAGGCCCGGGGCGGGGCCGCGCGGAGUUUGAAAUCCGCAGCGGUGGGCGAGAGACCCGCUGUGCUCGGAUCGGCUCGGCGCCUGGGGUGAUCGCAGGGCGCGGUGAACAGAGGCGGCACAGCCAGCAGAUGGCCUGUCGGUGGUCGGUGCGCCGGAGAUCGCUGCUGGAGGAGGAGCAGCCGGAGGAGGAAGCCACCACGCCGGCCGCAGCCGGCCAGCAGGAUGCGUCCGCGGGGGCCCUGGGCUCCCUACGCAGACAGUUCCAAAGGAGGCUGCCCCUGAGAGCGGUCAGCCUCAACCUUGGGGCGGGCCCUUCAUGGAAACGCCUGGGAACUCCGGAACCAGAGCAGCAAGGCCUCCAGGCGGCAGCUCGAUCAGCCAAGAGCGCCCUGGGGGCCAUGUCUCAGAGGAUCCAGGAGUCCUGCCAGAGUGGCACCAAGUGGCUGGUGGAGACGCAGGUGAAAGCCAGGAGGAGGAGGAGAGGGGCGCAGACGGGUGAUGGCUCCCCCCCGCACACCCUGAGCCAGAAGAGCACCCGGCUGUCGAGCACCACCCACCCAGCGCUGGGCUCCCGGGAGCGGGGGUAUCGCCGCCUCUCGGCCCAGACAGGCCCCCGUGCCCACCUGCUGCGGCGGCCAAGGAGGGAUGCUGCCUUCCAGAGGAGCCCCUACUCCUCCACAGAGCCCCUCUGCUCUCCCAGGCAAUCUGACAGUGACCUUGAGCCUGCAGGGGCAGGAAUUCAGCUCCUUCAGAAGUUGUCCCAGAAGCUGGAUAAAGCCAUAGUGGCUGAAGACAGUGGCGACAUGACCGUCUCUCUCCUCCGCAACUAAGGACGGUGCCCUGCAGGGAACAAGCCCCGUGUGGCACCACACCCAGGACGUCUGGGCCACCCCGUGAGGCCCUGGAGGAAGCCCCCAGGAGGCCCCAACCCUCCAGCCUGCUGCUAACGAGCACCUGACGAACAGAGGGCCCCGGAGCUCCCCUGCACUGGCCACCUCUAGGCCUGUUGCCUGCCACAGCCAGCGGCGACUUGGGGCCUUGCAGACAUGGAAGAAAUUGUUUCUUCUGCUCUGCUCCCCCAGGGGACUCUCGGGCUUAGAAAUUCAUCCCCUCCUCGAGCCCUGGGGCUGCUUCCUCCAGUGUGACGCGCAGGCACUGGGGGUGCGGCAGGGCCUGGGCCCUGCACCCAGAAGCAGGGUCCCUGGGGGGUUGUCCCAGCUUCCAUUCCUGCUCCCCGCACCAGGGCCCUGGAGGAAGGGACAGGAGAUGUCUCCGGGCGCUAGGACCCUGGGCUCCCGGCCACCUACUGAUACGUUCAGCAUAGGGCACUGUGGGUGUGCAGGGAGGGUGGCCCUCUGUAAGUUAUUUAAGAAAUCUGCUUUGUCAUUUUAUUAGAAAGGAAUCCGUGUACGACUUUCCCAGACGACAGCGCCUGCUCCUAAUAAAGACUCAUUGUGCAUCAGA